AUGCCCAGCGCUCUUCACCUCAUCAAUGCAAAUCCUCGUGCAGUCACACUUGCAGCAAUUCUCGCAGUCGGCACCCCUGUUAUCCUCGACAACUACAAGCGCUACAUUGCGCUGGGAACCAGCCGCUUGACGAGGUUUGGCGUGUUUGGCUGGCUUGCCUCGAUUGGCUUGACUGGGUUCUCGAGAGAAACGGUCAGCACAAGCGAGUAUGGCCAGGACUCGAAAGGGUGGCUGGAUCGCAAGACGGUAGUGGAGCGGAGGGGGUCAAGGCCAGAGGUUGGUUGGCAUAGCGUGCCGAAUCGACAAUUGGACAGGCUGCCCAGUGAGGAUAUGGCCAAGCGCCUCGACGAACUGUUCAUCCAGCACGUGAAUGCAAACCCAACGCUCGUUCAGAUGGUUGAUAACUCGCGGAUCGAGCAGCUACAUCCAGCUGUGGUCAUUCAUUCAGACCACGAAGCCCCACACCGCGAUGCAGAGCGGUCUAUGCGUGAAAUUGCGCAUAUUCACCCUACGGAUCAUAGCAUGCAUCUAGUGCUGUCUCCAGCAGACAGCAAAAUAGCGAUCGAGUUGGGCUGGGCAGAGAGACAUCCGUUGAGUGGGGUGUCAAUGGUAUUUGCUAGUUUAUGCGCCCAGGGACCAAGAAGAGUUGGAGAUCAAGAUAACAUCAAUAAUCCAAGUCGCGUGACUGUUACUGACCGUGACAACUGGCAAGUCUCUCCAUCGACCACCUCAAGACACACAAAAAUGCCGCCAAAAGCAAAGUCCGGCAAGAAGCCCGCCCCCGCUCCUUUUGCGAGCAAGACCUCCAAGGUCAAGAAAAACCCUCUCUUCGAGGCUAAGCCUCGUAACUUUGGCAUUGGUCAGGACAUUCAGCCUACGACCGAUCUUACCCGUUUCGUCAAAUGGCCCGAAUACAUCCGUCUGCAGCGCCAGAAGGUUAUUCUCCACCAACGCUUGAAGGUCCCCCCUGCCAUUGCUCAAUUCUCGCACACUCUGGAUAAAAACACGGCAACUCAACUGUUCAAAUUGCUCAACAAAUACCGCCCCGAGACAAAGGCCGAGAAGAAGGCUCGUCUCACUGAGACGGCUGCCGCUGUUGCCGAUAACAAAGAGGCUAAGGACACCAAGAAGCCUCUCUUCGUCAAGUAUGGUCUCAACCACAUCGUUGCGCUCAUCGAGGCCAAGAAGGCGUCGCUCGUUGUGAUUGCCCAUGACGUUGACCCCAUCGAACUCGUUGUUUUCCUUCCGGCUCUUUGCCGCAAAAUGGGCGUGCCAUACGUGAUUGUGAAGGGCAAAGCCCGUCUCGGGACUGUUGUCCACAAGAAGACCGCCGCUGUUGUUGCACUCCAAGAUGUGAAGAGCGAGGACACUCGGGAACUUGCGACUCUUGUCAGUGCCGCCAAGGCCAACUUUACUGACAAAUACGACGAGCAGCGCAGACAAUGGGGUGGAGGAGUCCGUGGAAACAAGUCGACAGCGAUGUUGCGCAAACGGGCAAAGGCUUCUGGUCAGACUCUGACCGCUGCCCAAGCUGGCAAAUUUGUGACUGAUACGGGAACGUCGGUGCGCUGGCAUCAGGCGGGGGGCGCAUUCCGUCUCCGGCUUGUCUCCUGCUACCAUCUCCUCUGUCUCCCGCUUCCCUGUCCCCCUCCAGGCGCUCCAUUGCGAUCACAGCUAUCAGCCACUUGGAUGAUGAGCGACCCAGACCAAACGACGCCCAGCCCUAAUGACCCACUCCCCCAACCUUCUGGCGAUAUAUCGAUGGAGGAGCCAAGCUCAAAGGCAGUCCCUGCUGCUGAACCCGUGACAACCAAUCCCCCUUCAACUUCGACGUUUUCGACGAGUAUUGUUGCCGCAGCCGCCGCCUCAGUAAACACCCCUGCAUCUCUAGCCGCCCUUUUGGCGACUGCUCUAACCGAUGUUGAUGCGUUGCGUGAAGAGCUCGCCAUCACUCGUCAGCGGGCAGAGCGUGCCGAACGACUUUUGAAAACAUUCGGUCUUGUUAACACAUCCCUUGCCGAGGUUCAGGAUGGCGAACAUAAGCAUGCACCAAAUGGAACAGACGCGGCAUCCUCCCCAUUACCCCAAGCCACUGCCAAUCUUCUUCUUGCUCUUGAUGAACGGACUGUCACAGCAGAACGCGAAAGAGAUGAGCUUGCCGCUCGUUUGACCACUUUGACUAGCAAUUGGAGUCAGCUCGAGACCUACAUGGGCGCUGUUGAAGCCGGUGUCCGAGAAGCCAGGAGAAAUUAUGGUCGAGUCGUUCGUGAUGAAGGAGGAGAGGCAGCGUAUGAUUACAGUCGAGGAUCAGUACCUCCAAUCUCUUUCACCAGAGUUAACGAAGGGAAACGAACCAGAACAGACAGCAUGUUUAGUCUGGAUGGUUAUGGCUCGAGUAUCAAGCGCUCAAGGCCGGAUGUUGAUUACGAGUACCCCAUCUCCCAUUCCCGUCGCAACACCUAUGUAGCGCCUAGCCACCCUCACAGACACCUUCCCUCGCUAAACCAUCAUCAUCAUCACCACCAUACAUUAGACCGUCAAGCAACUUUGCCUGUUCAUCCACCAGCAAAUUCAAGUUCCUUGGCGGCUCGCGACACUUAUCCUGACCAUACUCAUCGUUCUCCUGCGCGACAAGCCACAUAUCCUGCUCAACGUUCGAGAUCACGUUCACGCUCAAUGUCUGCUGGCGGGUCAGAGGAAUUGGAAGCCAUGCUACUCGAUAGUGCAACUGGGAACGCUCGGCGAGAAAAAGAGCGUGGGUCGACAUUGGAGAACAGAGCGCAUACGAUGCCUGCUAUUCCAUCUGGACAACCUUUCCCUGCUCGAAAUGCACAAAACCAGCGACUCUGUCGCCAGUGUGGCCUUCCCGGGCGUUACAAAGACGGUCGAUGCGUAGAGAAAUGGGGCCCUGGGCCAAUGGGGCCGGGAACCGUCUGUGACCGUUGUCGAAAAAGAGCGAAGAGGGUCGAAAGAAGAGGCACAGGCCCGACACUUUCCUCUGGAGACAUAGCGAUACCGCCAAUCAACUAUAUGCAACCCGAACGCGAAAGUUCAAUCCGGUCUUCGCUUACUGCAAAUCGCACUCUUUCUGUCCCGGCCUCGGGAGGGACUUCCAAUGCCACAACACCACAAGCUGCUCCUCAUAUUCUCCCACCACUUCGAACACAUAGUCCCUUGGAGGGGGAUACUGAUGGUGAUGGUCUACUCGAUGGGGACGCGGAAGCGGAGGUUGAUGAGCUUGAAGAAGCUGUCGAUGGAACUGAAGUGGUUGUCACCAGCUCUCCAAAGAAGAAGGACAUAAUAAAGGACGACCCGGAGGGAGACGUCGAUUUGGAUAUGGACUUGCUGGAAGCUGUCGAUGCAUCCGAGAAGGCGAGUCGUUGA